UGACGUCAGUUCCGGUGCGCGAGUCUCUCGGCUCCGUUUCACUCUUCAAACUUCUGCGUUCAGAGUGAUUCUGGUUCCGUGGAUCCGGUUCUCUUCCUCCUCCGACAUGCGUGGCGUCCUGGAGCUCAGCGACCCUCCGGAGUACGAGAGCCUGGAGGACGACGGCCUCCCUCCUCUUCCUCCGCCGGACUCCCCGGGUCCGGGAGGACCGGAUGACGAGGAACCCUUCAGCAACGACGCAGGAGAAGAAGCCGACGUCUCCAACUGGCCGAUGUUCCUGCAGCCAAGCGGAAAAGCCGUGAAGCGGCCGCAGCCCAAGCUGGACUCCCAGAGGCUGAUCUCCGACCGAGGACUUCCUGCCCUGCGCCUGUUCCACGACGUCUCGUUCAGAGGGAAGGGCCACGAGGCGGAGGACCUGCGCCUGCUCAUGCAGAGGAUGGAGAACUGGGCCCACCGGCUGUUUCCCAAACUGCGGUUCGAGGACUUCAUCGACAGAGUGGAGAAACUCGGCGCCAAGAAGGAGGUCCAGACCUGUCUGAAGCGGAUUCGUCUGGACAUGCCGCUCACACACGAAGACUUCACAGGUGAGGAGGCGGAGCUUCCUGAUCCACCGCUGUCUGAGGACCUGGACCCGUUCAGCAGGCUAGUUCACUCCACCCGGCCCCCGCCGAGGCCCCGCCCCCUGCCGAGGCUCCACCCCCGCCGAGGCUCCGCCCCCCGCCGAGGCCCCGCCCUCCCUGACUGAGGAGCAGCGCCGCCGCAUGGAGCAGAGCAGGAGGCGCGCUCUGGAGAGGAGGACCGCCCGCCAGCGGCUGCCAGACUCUCAGACCGUCGACUCCUCACAGCUCCAACCAACGUCUCCACUCACGGCAGUCCUGGACUCCACCAGGGAGGAGGACAGGGUGGAGGAGGAGAAAGAUGAGGCGAUGGUGCUGGAGAUUGUAGAGGCGGAGGAGGAAGGAAGCAGAAGAUGAGAUGAUGCAGGAGGAAGGUGGAGGAGGAGAGAAGGACCAGGACCAGGAGAAGGUGGAGGAGGAGGAGAAGGACCAGGACCAGGAGAAGGUGGAGGUGGAGGAGGAGGUGGACUCUGAGCCUCCUGCAGACUCUGAAUCUUCCCCUGAGGAGCAGACGGGUGGAGCUUCACCUCCACAGCAGCUGUGAGGAGGAGUUUGACUCCACCGGAGCUCCAGAACGCUCCACCCUGAAGACCUGAAGCUGUUCCUCCUUCAGUCCUCCAUGUGAAACAUCUCAAGGUUUCCAGGUUCAAGCUAGUUAGCCUUGAAGCUAACUCGUCACCACACUCCUGAAACAUCUGACCUGCUCAGCAGGACUCGGUUCUCCUCUGCUGGCCUGAAGCUAAAGCUAGCCUGAAGCUAAGCUAGCCUGAAGCUCAGCUAGCUUGAAGCUAAGGUAGCCUGAAGCCUAAUACUAGCCUGAAGCUAAUGCUAGCCUGAAGCUAAUACUAGCCUGAAGCCUAAUACUAGCCUGAAGCUAAUGCUAGCCUGAAGCUAAUGCUAGCCUGAAGCUAAUGCUAGCCUGGAGCUAAUGCUAGCCUGGAGCUUAAUGCUAACUUCAAAGAAUCACCUUGAUGGUGCGUUUAUGGACCUGGGAAAUCUGACCAAUCAGAGAAACGCUGUUCUUUAUUUCUUGAAUGUUUCGUUUCCAUCACUGUUUUCGUCAACACCUGGGUAGUUUCUUUCAUUUCUUCAUCUAUUUGCUUCUUCACUUGUGUGAAUCCGGCUUCUCUUUGCAGCUAGCUAACCAUGUAUGCUAGCCAGUCAAAUGUUUUUCCCCUCAAAGUGCAUGAAAAGUUGGUUUUGACAUCAGUUUUCCCAGUGGGAGGUUCUGACUGUAAAUGUUGUUUCUUCAUGUGGAAACGCGUCUUUCCCACGUUUCUUUUUUAUUCUGAACGCAGCACGAACAUGCCGAUUGAAACGUUUUCUGCUUUGCCAGAGGUCUGCUCAGGAAAUGGAAUCACACUUUGUGUUAAAGCAAGUUUAACUUUUAAAAAUAAAGUUUUUUUUUA